ACAAAUAAUAUUAAGACAGUUAGUACGUGUUGAGAACAUUAUUUGAGGUUUAGUCAGUGUUUUGCACUAGGCGGUAAUAAUACAGACAGCCGAGAGGCGCCGCAGGCUCACAAACCCUUUUUUACCCAAAAUCGAAAUUAAAAUUUAACCGGCUUUUAACAAAAGAAACCCUUUAUUUUGACCCGAAAACGCAUAUUGCAAAAAACAAAAAAGGAUUCGCCAAAGGACUGUGAUAUUUAGUAUCGAUUCAACUUACCGCCCAAAAAUCACCUUUAUUUAUUUAUGCGUUUCGUAUGUUAAUAAGAUAUAUAUAUCGUAUCGAACCAAUUGCCGACGGUUCAGUUCGCUUCGGCUUUAUUCUUAGCGGCAGUGCGCUGUUUUCCCUCGCUCCUUAACUUUCAUCGCUUCAGCUAUUUUCGGUUUUCGGUUUUCGGCUUUAAUUUGUGCAAAUAUUUAACUUUACUUAAGUGUGUCUCUGGCCCCUCACCUUAGCUGGCUUUAAAAACAACACAAAAAAAGGGCGAGAGAAUUGUACAAAAAAAAAUGUUAACCAACAACAACAACAACAACAACAACAACGGCAACAGCAGCGAGAAAAGCAGCAACCGUUUGUGAAAAACUCAAUUUGCCAAAGAGUGUGAAGGAUUUUCAAAUAUUUACCCGGCGAUCUUCAAUAUUACGUAUCAGGAACUAGGGACGCGGUCUCCUAAACUCUGUGAAAAGCAUUGCUACCAACCGGAUCGGUUUUAUAUAUAUAUACGUUUAUAUAUUUGUAUUAUUUUAACACGUCAACUAUCAGGAGAGAUUAAAGCAAUCUAAAUGUAUGCCUCAAUGCUGCCCAGUUUGCUGAAUAUGAAAACGGAGAAUCUGACGAAUUCCAGCUACGACGAUGCAUUUCUUCUCGAAGAAAAUCUUCUCCAUAUUAUGGAAUCGGAAAGCCAUAUAAUGCACGCGGAUGCCCUGGCCGCUGGUUAUCCGGCUGCCUCGCAGCCGCACAGUCCAAUUGGCCACGCCCUCAGCCCCAAUGGCGUGGGUCUGGGACUGAGCAACAGUAGCAACCAGAGCAGCGAGAACUUUGCGCUCUGUAAUGGAAACGGAAGCGGAAAUGCGGGCAGCGCAGGAGCCGGAAGUGCCAGCAGUGGCAGCAACAACAACAAUAGCAUGUACUCGCCCAACAACAACCUGAGCGGAAGUGGCAGCAGCAGCAGUAGUCAGCAGCAAUUGCAGCAGCAACACCAACAGCAGCAACAACAAUCGCCGACGGUAUGCGCCAUUUGUGGAGAUCGGGCGACGGGGAAACAUUACGGUGCCUCCAGUUGCGACGGUUGCAAAGGAUUCUUCAGGAGAAGUGUGAGGAAGAACCAUCAGUACACCUGCAGAUUUUCGCGCAACUGUGUGGUGGAUAAGGAUAAGCGGAACCAGUGCCGCUACUGCCGACUGAGGAAGUGCUUCAAAGCGGGUAUGAAGAAGGAGGCGGUUCAGAAUGAGCGGGACCGGAUCAGUUGUCGGCGAACGUCGAACGACGACCCGGAUCCAGGAAACGGGCUUUCGGUGAUCUCACUGGUCAAGGCCGAAAAUGAGUCGCGCCAGUCAAAGGCAGGAGCUGCCAUGGAGCCGAACAUUAACGAGGACCUCUCCACGAAGCAGUUCGCCAGCAUUAACGAUGUCUGUGAGUCGAUGAAGCAGCAACUGUUGACACUUGUGGAGUGGGCCAAGCAGAUCCCGGCCUUCAACGAGCUGCAGCUGGACGACCAAGUUGCUCUGCUAAGAGCCCAUGCCGGAGAACACCUGCUCCUCGGCCUUUCCCGUCGAUCGAUGCAUCUGAAGGAUGUCCUGCUGCUGAGCAACAACUGCGUGAUCACCAGGCAUUGUCCAGAUCCCUUGGUGUCACCUAAUUUGGACAUCUCACGUAUUGGCGCCCGCAUCAUCGAUGAAUUGGUGACGGUCAUGAAGGAUGUGGGCAUCGAUGAUACUGAAUUCGCCUGUAUCAAGGCCCUAGUCUUCUUCGAUCCCAAUGCCAAGGGUUUAAAUGAACCGCAUCGCAUCAAAUCGCUUCGGCAUCAGAUACUCAAUAAUCUCGAGGACUACAUUUCGGACCGGCAAUACGAGUCACGCGGGCGUUUUGGUGAAAUCCUGCUCAUUCUGCCGGUUUUGCAGUCUAUCACCUGGCAGAUGAUCGAGCAGAUCCAGUUUGCUAAGAUCUUUGGAGUGGCCCACAUCGAUUCAUUGCUUCAGGAAAUGCUGCUGGGAGGAGAAUUGGCGGACAAUCCUUUGCCGCUGUCCCCACCCAAUCAGUCGAAUGACUACCAUAGUCCCACUCACGCUGGCAACAUGGAGGGUGGCAGUCAGGUUAACUCCUCACUGGACUCAUUGGCCGCAACUGGUGGCCCGGGAUCGCAUACUCUGGACCUGGAGGUGCAGCACAUCCAGGCUCUAAUCGAGGCGAACAACGGGGAUGAUUCCUUCCGAGCUUACGCGACCAGCACAGCAGCAGCGGCCGCUUCAGCCGUCUCGUCCUCUUCAUCUGCACCCGCAUCCGUUGCACCGGCCGCGAUCUCGCCUCCGCUCAACAGUCCCAAGUCACAACAGCAGCACCAGCAACAUACGACGCACCAGCAACAACAACAACAGGAGAGCUCUUACCUGGAUAUGCCCGUCAAGCACUACAGCGGCAGUCGGUCAGGACCGUUGCCAUCGCAGCACAGCCCUCAGCGCAUGCAUCCCUACCAAAGAGCAGUCGCCUCGCCGGUCGAAGUGUCUAGCGUUGGUGGCGGCUUGGUUUUGCGUAACCCCGCCGACAUCACCCUCAACGAGUACAACCGGAGUGAGGGCAGUAGCGCCGAGGAACUGCUGCGUCGCACUCCUCUGAAGAUCCGGGCUCCUGAGUUGAUCUCUGCAUCCGGUGGUUAUGGAAUGGAACCCUGUCGGAUGACACUGAAACAGGAGCCAGAGACUGGCUACUAAAGGGAUAAUGAUCGGUGCAAUAUCUAUAUUGCAGUUUAACAUCCUUUAAGCACACACCCCACACACACAUACAGGCCCUCUCUUGCUGUACUCCCCACCAAGUGCUAUACAGAGAUGAAAUUGAAAAUGAAGAACUUACUUAAUUGUUAUGCCUUGAACCAUUUUGAUACUUUUUAUUAGUCCUUAAGUAGGUAUUCUGGAAAUUGUUGCUUAAUUUUUAAAUCUUUAACGCAGUUGCAAUCUAUUUUUUGGAGUCAUAUUUUGCUCAAGAAGUUUAACUAUAUAUAUAUAUACAUAUACAUACACCAUUUAGCAUGUACUGAGUUUGUUGGUUAUUUGGUUAUCUUAUACUUGUGCGUGGAUCACAAAUCAUUCAUAUAGGCCAUGCAAUAUAUUGUUUUAGGUUAGGGUGUUGUCUAGAUUAUGCGCUGAAAGUGUAAUAUAUAUUUAAUGCUAAACAAAGAACUAUUUUUAUAUGAGUAUGUAUAAUAUACAAACUAUUUUUAAGAUGGCUGAAUGAAUAAACACAAAAUCAAAAUAAAAA